AUGUCCGACAACGAAGAAGGCCGCGCCUCGAAACGGCAAAAGACAACUCCCGACCAAGAUGCGCCGACGCCAGCGCCAACACCGCAACUCCCAACGAUGAAGGCACCAGCACCUCUCUACCCAUCACUCCAGAUACCAAACCCCACGGCGGCAGCCGGUCAGACGCCAACGCCGCAAACGCCAACGCUCCAGACCUCAUCGAUGCCAUCUCCAACCGUCCAGCGACCCGAAGCCACGGUCGACAUCUGCGGCGACGGCGACACCAUCCUCGUCGUCUCCGGCAUCGCCAACCUCUAUAAAAAGAUGGGCAUCCGAGUCUCCUCGACAGUCCUCACCCUCGCCUCACCAGUCUUCAAACGCCUCCUCACCACUCCCACCACCGCAUCCUCUCUCGCCACACCCCUCAGCGCAACUCCAACUCCAGCAGAACCCCCCCCUCGCCUCCUCCCCCUCCCCGACGACGGCGACACAAUCUACAUACUCUGCAACAUCCUGCACCUCCAAAACUCCGCCCUCCCCUCCAAAAUCUCCCCCGACCUCCUCUUCCGCUUCAUCGCCACGGCCUCGAAAUUCCAAUGCAUCAUCGCCAUCAGUCGAGUCUGCUCCCAAUGGCUCGAUCACAUCUACCAUCACCUCCCCCACCCCACCUCCACAACCCUUCUCUUGCACCUCAUCGAAACAUCCAUGCUCCUCAACGACGCCAUCUACUUCGCGCGCUUCUCGUCCAAAUGGAUCCUUUCCGCACCCCUCGGGAAGAAAGAAGUUUCGGAAAUCGUCGAACCCUCCGAGCCGGUGCCUCGUCAACGUCUUGCGCGGACGUUACUCUCGCGCCAGAAAUCCGUCCAGGAAGAUCUGAAACGGGAUUUAGAUAUCGUUUUGGAUCCGCUGGCCGAGGCGCUGAGUGACGAUGCGAGACAUUACAUUGACUGCGCCCCAGGCGACGACCCCACACCCCCAGAUACCCCCAUCCCCUGUAUCGUCGACAAAGACGCCUCAACCCUCUACCUCUCCGCCUUGCGCGACGCCAACCUCUGGCCUUCGUCGAAAUGGUCGACAACGACGACAACGCUCGCCGAACUCGUGCGGAAAUUUACGGAUUUUCGGAUUCCCGAGUAUGAUGCGAGCGAUGCGUGUUAUUGGUGUAUCAAUUCUGGUGAGGGCUUUGCAGAAGGCGAGGGUGUGGGGGAGGGGGGUGGUGGUGGUGGUGUGAAUUUGGGGGAUUGUAGGGUUGUGCAUGAGAAGGAGGGAGUGUUGGAGGGGGGUGAAGGAGAGAAUGAAUGUCGCAUCGCUCUUUCGGAACUGGUUUGUACAUCAUUGUAUGGUACAGGAAUAUGAGAGUGCUUUGCAUCAACUUACAACAACAACAUCAAUUAAUCCUUUCCCCCAUCCAUGCCUCUUGCAGCAGCAGUCAGCUCUCUCGUCAGCUCAGCUGAUGAUUCUCCAUCCUGCAUGUCAAUAUCAUCACCCGCCUCAUCUUCCUCCUCGCCUUCGACUUCUUCUCCUUCAACUUCAACCUCGCCCUCGCCCUCACCUUCAUCAUCGCCAUCAUCGUCAUCUUCCUCGCGUCUGAUCUGAGCUCGUGCACCAUGUCUGGGAGAAAGAGGGAAUUUCGGACCCACUGGCCGCCUCCGUCGCUCCGGGCUACUCUCUUCCUCCAAUUCGCUCAACUCGCUCUCGUCAUCCGCACUGUCAUGGAUGCUGCCUGGUGCACUGGUCUCCGCAGAAGGGCCACCAGAAUCAGCUUGUCGUUCACGAUCAAUGAUGCUUUGCACGACGGUGCUCUUGAGCGGGGGAGCAUUCGAUGGCAAGACUGGCGUGUGUCCGUGCCCGGGAGGCUUGCUCUUCUGGUAGCAUCCUUCGGCACAAGUCCUGAUUUCGCGACGACCGACUCCCAUCUUGCGUCGCACGGGCGCUGGUUCCGGUUCUUUGGAUGCGGAAGGAACUGUUGGAGGAGGCGGCUGGGCAGCGGGAAGGGAGUCGGCAGCACCAUCGAGAUUCAUAAUGCUCAUGAUGCCCAUCUUCGCAUGUGAAGGACUGGCAGUGUGUGGUUCGUGCACAGGUGGAGGUGGCGGACGGCUUGCCUCUUCUUCCUGCUUAAUUCGCCUCUCCUCGUCUUGCAGUUGCUUGCCGACGGUCUGGAACAGAUGGGCGUAUGCGUCGCCAAUCAAGUCAUCAAUGGCACCAGGCUUCAUCAGCGACUGAUUGACUUUCUUUAGCUCUUGCACUUCUCGCAGCACGUCGAGAGCAGGAGAGACACCAUUCUCUUGCUUUUGCAUCCACAUCUCCAACGGCUCCUUCCUAGCUUGGAAUUCCUCAUACGCAAUAUUACUGAACGUAGAGGUUUCCAAGCCCUCUUGAAGACUUGCAUGAGAUCGCAACAGGCGAAGAUAAGCGUUGCAUAGCUCGGCCCACACCUGACCAUGUUGAAAAACAUCGUGAGGUCUUCGCCGCACUCUACGCGCGAGUGCUUCAAGAUCCUUC